UAUACAUAGAAGCUACGUAUGUCGAGUUCACUAGUGAGUAUAGUCCAAGCAAAGUAAUAAAAUCCUAUAUAUAUUUUGUUGUUUAUAUGGUAAAAAAUUGCUAGUACAAAUUCAGAACCAAUAACCGAAACAUGUAUUUAACAUGGGCUUCUUUUAACAAUAUACGAAUGCUAUUGAUGGCUUGUAUGCCUGUUGUAAUUUUUUAUUUGAUAUGGUUGGUCAAUACUUCUGAAGGCAUACGAAGUGAAGAAGGGGCGCUGUUAGAUCUUGUGUGUUGGCCAGAUGGAAAUGCUAUUCCUGUAAUUAUAGCGUGUGGAUCUGUUAUUGCUGUCGUCAUAGAGCUAUACGGAUUGUAUCAACUAUUUAGAGCCGGAUUACCCAAGAAGGAAUUUAAUGUAACCAAUGGCCUGUAUUAUUAUAUAUGGGCAUUGAUUAUAAUGAUCAUUGUAUUUCUCGCCAUUAUGUUUUAUUCAGGACUUCAGUCAACUAUUAUCAGAGCCAAAAUAAAAGGAGGUAUAACCAAAGCAAUGCUUCGCUACGCCAGUCACUUGCCUUCCAAGGUGGCUAUAGAUCGCUUACAGACGAGGUUCCAUUGUUGUGGCCGCGUGAGCUUCCAGGAGUGGUUUUAUAUACCUUGGUACACAACUGGGGAACUUGUCGACGCGAAUACAUUUGUAUCCAGUAGUAAAUUCGUGGCCGACAACGUACCUUACAGUUGCUGUUCAAUGGAUGUGUUACAGCCUUGCAUACAUCACAGGAUUACUCAAGUUGGAAAUAUUUAUAAGUAUAAUCCUUCUAAACAACUAACAAUAUGGGGGGCUGGUUGUGAAGAAAAACUAAUCAGCGAAAUGAUGUCAGUCUCAUGGCGGUUUAAUGCGGUUAUGGCUUUAAUAAUAAUAGCUAUGAUAUUUCAAGUAAUCGCUGUACGUUAUCUACAUACUGCAUAUCUAAGCGGCUUGCAUGUUGAUAACAAGAUAACAUGCAAUGCUUACUUACUACGCUCUCAGACCGAUACCGACUCGCAACAAAAUAGCUUCAUUAACAAGAAAACGUGGCGAAAGAAAAGGCUAAGAGACGCACGUACUCUGCAAUGGGUGACAACUACGUAUCGAUCACGAAGGAAGAAGUGUAUUACCUCUUCCGCUUCGGACAUAAAUAGUUCCGAUGAGUUGUUGAAACCUAUAUAUGAAUGAACACCUACUAGUAUUUUACAUACUAAUUCAACAAUAAACGAUUAAUUUUAAUGCAACAAAUUUAGUAUUGGAAAACUAUUAUAACCUCGGAACGGACAUGACAGCUAUGUCUAUUACGUCAAUGAUCCAAGGCAACAAUAGAAUAAUUAAUUCGGAUGAUUUCGUUUUUUAAAUUAAUAUGGAACUUUUAACACUUGCCAGUAUCUGUGCACGGGACCGGAUUUAGAUUUCAUUACAGAGUAACUGCCUAAGGUUGCGCGUACUAGAUAUUAAAAAUAAAUCAUACAGAGAAAAUUUUAUUGCAGAAUUUGUAUCCUCAAACAAUAUUACAGAACAGAACCAUAUACUAUCGACUAAUAGAACUAGAUAUGUAAUCAUAUGGAUGCAGCUAUUGGUUAUGUAGCGUAUUUUUGAAUAAACAAAACCUUUGAAUUUUACUCACAUCCCUUUAUCAAUUUGAAAAGAGAUUUGUAUAAAAAUAUUCUAUCAAUUUUAUUAAUAUAAUAUAGUAUUGAUAAACCUUUAUUUGAUAGUUUAAAUUUUUAAACACGGGUGUCCCGACAAGUGUAUUGUGACUCCGACAUGUUUAGUCCGAACCUGUAUAUGCAUCAAAAAUGCCUUUUGUUACUAUUCUAAAAAUAUAUUCUUAACAUUUAAAAUGAAUUACCAUUUAUUUGAACAUUACCAAACACCUAAAUCAAUACAGAUUAUUUACAUACAAUACCUACCAGUAGUUCAUACAUUACGAAUAUUAUUUGCGUGCGCCAUUUGCAAAUAUAUCAGUUUGUAUUUUUCUUAAAGAGACUUUAUUACACAAUUUACAUUGAGGUGAG